GACAGGCUGGCGGUAUCCUCUCUCUCUCUCUCUCUCUUUCUCUCUCUCUCUCUCUCUCUCUCUCCCUCCCCCCUCUUUUUCAUCUUUCCUUUCCCUUCACGCACAAGCACGCAUACACACACGCGCACUCUGUCACACUGCAGCAGAAGGGAGAGGACACACUGUGAAGGCCUCUCCUCUUCCUCCUCAUCCCUCCCGUGAAAGGCAACCUGUCUCUCUCUCCUCCGCUAUCCUCUGCUUUCCUUCAAGGACUACCGCACCCAGGAAUCACCUGGAAAAGGACCUACCGCGGCACGAAAGAAUCUACGGAUCACUCACACACCUACAUCCUCUUUUCUUCCCUCUGCAUUUCUUGUUGUCAGGCAGUGUUGGCUGAGCGUCAGGACGUGUGCUUGAGCAUGUGUGCGUAUGACAAGGUGCUUUUCUCCAGCUGACUGAACUGUGGUUUAUUCAUCCCAUUUUUUCCUCCCUUUUCCCCGUGGCAUCCUCGUCGCUCGCCACUCGUCUUCCUCCUGACAAAGCGAACCGUAUCCCAGGAUGCCGUGCGGCAGGCUACUCUGCUAGGCCGCAGCAGCAUGGGCAAAGCACCGGGUGGGUGGGACAGCACGGAUUGGACGGCUCUGCUCCGGACGGGCGCGCUUACGCACUCCGCCGCUUCCGAUGGGUGAGGACAGCGAGAGCCCCAAAAUCAAUCACAGCUUCCUCCGAGACUAUGUCACAGAAGCUGAUGUCAUUUCUACAGUGGAGUUUAACCAGACGGGGGAUCUGCUGGCCACAGGGGAUAAGGGGGGGCGAGUGGUCAUCUUCCAGAGAGAGACAGAGUCUAAAGAUGAAUCUGAGGAGCUGGGAGAAUCGGGUGAGUAUAAUGUCUACAGUACGUUCCAGAGUCACGAACCGGACUUCGACUAUCUGAAAAGUUUGGAGAUUGAGGAGAAGAUCAAUAAGAUCCGCUGGCUGCCACAGCAAAACGCUGCCCACUUUCUCCUCUCUACCAACGAUAAAACGAUAAAGCUAUGGAAGGUGAGCGAGAGAGACAAGCGGCCAGAGGGCUACAAUCUGAAGGACGAAGAAGGGCGAAUAAAGGACAUCUCCACCGUGACCUCAUUACGGGUGCCGGUCCUGAAGCCCACUGACCUGAUGGUUGAGGUACGACCGAGGAGAAUCUUUGCCAACGGCCACACCUACCACGUCAACUCCAUCUCAGUCAAUAGCGAUGGCGAGACAUAUCUGUCUGCUGAUGAUCUCAGGAUCAACAUGUGGCACCUGGAUAUCACCGAUCGAAGCUUCAAUAUUGUGGACAUUAAGCCAGCCAAUAUGGAGGACCUGACGGAGGUAAUAACAGCUGCAGAGUUCCACCCACAGCACUGCCACCUGUUUGUAUACAGCAGCAGUAAAGGCACGCUACGCCUCUGUGACAUGAGAGAGUCAGCACUCUGUGACAAGCACUCCAAAAUCUUUGAGGAGCCAGAGGACCCAGGCAAUCGAUCUUUCUUCUCUGAGAUCAUCUCGUCGGUUUCUGAUGUUAAGUUUAGCCAUAGCGGACGUUAUCUGCUCACCAGAGACUACUUGACUGUCAAAGUAUGGGACCUCAACAUGGAGAAGGGCCCAGUGGAGACCUACCAGGUUCAUGAGUACCUAAGAAGCAAACUCUGCUCUUUAUAUGAAAACGACUGCAUCUUUGACAAGUUUGAGUGCGUCUGGAACAGCACAGACAGUGUAAUCAUGACAGGAGCGUAUAACAGUUUUUUCCGGAUGUUCGAUCGCGAGACCGGUCGCGGUGUUACCCUCGAGUCAUGGCGUGAGAGCAGUAAACCGCGGGCCGUGCUGCGGACUCGCCGCAUUUACACCGGGGGCCGGCGUCGGCGGGGUGACGUGGGUGUGGACAGUCUGGACUUCACUAAAAAGAUUCUGCACAUGGCUUGGCACCCGGCUGAAAAUAUCAUCGCCAUUGCAGCCACUAACAACCUCUAUAUCUUUCAGGACAGGGUCAACGCAGAAAACCUGUGACAAACCUGUGUAAUGCUCUUCACAGGGCCACACACAAACCAACAUGCACAUAUAUCAAAAUUAUACUUUAAAACACAGAAUUUUGGUCCUGUGGAGAUGGACGUAGUUGCCAGACCCCGAAAGUAAACAGAUGGACUUUGCAGUUAAACCGUUCCAGGAGAGCAGUUAUGUAUAGCCAAUGACUUUAUCUGAUAACUGUUGGUUAAUUACACCGCCAAGAAUGUUGCCGAUGAGCUACGGUACGUGGAAUUUACGAUCGACAUCACAGUUAGCCAAUCCCGGACUGCGCUGAUAUGUGAUGGAUGGUGUUGUCGGCCAAUCCCUGACUGCUGAUUGACAGCUAAUUUGGGCUGAAGACCAGGAAUGAGACCGCUCCACUCCUCUGUGCCAGGUUGCCAUGGAGACAGGUUACUCAGUUGUCAUGGUAACAAGAGUGCUCUGAGCAGUCUUCCUAUCAUGUGCUUCCCAAAAACUAUCCCACAAUGCAUCUGCUAUUCGAGCACUCAUUUUACUUCACAUCAGAACAUGGAUGCCUAUACGACCCAAUCACUAUAUCUCGCACUUGGAGGUUUUUAAAUUCCAGUACUUGUCUCAUGCAUCCUAACGGAAGGAUUGAUCCACUACUUCAUCAGACCACUGUCUUAACCUGGUUACACCUCAUGAUGGGUUACAUUUACACCUGCAUGGUAAGAAAGAAAAAAAAGGACGAGGGUAUAUCACACCACUAACACGCUUUCAAAAAAGCCUCCUGCCGAUUUGUGCACAGUAACUGACAUGCGUUAGGGUCAAACUCUGAUCUAGUCUCUGGUUACAGAUUUAUGGGCUCUCACAGUGAAGCACUGCCUUUUUAUUUAUGAUUGUAGCUACUCUACUGGUCCCUCAAAAGGAAAUUUAAACAGCCAUGUUGGAAAUACAGAUGAAAAUAGUGACACAGGCUACAAAACAGUGCAGAAAGACAUGAAAAAUCAGUUUGUUAAUUUAAAGAAUAUUCCGGUAAAUGCUUUACCACAAACACCAAUUUUGACACGUUACUCUGUUUGUUUUGUUAAAAAAAAAAAAAGUAGAGUAAUGUACUUUCAGUGGAAGUCUGUGGGGCAUUCUGAAGGGUUUGAAAGCAAAAUGUGCAGCUUGUAUUUUUGUUGAAAUGCUUAUAUGAGUGGUUCCCAACCUUUUUGACUCCAGAGCCUCUCAUUGUCCACAAAA